AUGGAGUGGAAUUCUACAUCAGCAUGGCAGACAGUCACUGUUUUAGAUCAAUCUAAGCUUAACGGCGAUACCAAUACUAGCAAUGAUACAGUUCUGUUGCAUGUUGGUUUUGUGGGUAUUUAUAGUGCGUUGGGCUUAUUUGGAUUUAUAUCCAAUUUGACCAUAAUGUUAUUAAUCUCAUGUGUUAAAGAAUUGAAAACGCCUAGUAAUUUGCUACUGCUUAACCUAGCUUUUGCCGGUUUAAUUGUAUCUGUCUUUCAUAUUCCAUGGUUUAUAUUAACUCAACAUGUUACUCAAAAUGUUUGGUUAUUUGGUGAAGCUAUGUGCAUCAUUUAUAAUACCGUCAAUUUAUUAUCCAUUCAUUUAAUUUCCUUUACACAAGUUGCAAUAUGUAUUAAUCGGUAUCAAGGCUUAAAUAAUGUGCUAAAAUUCAAGUUAAAAUUAAAUAAUCGUCGUGCCUUUUAUGUUAUUUGUACAAUAUGGAUUUGUGCAUUAGGUAUGUGCAUUCCUUACUUGCUUUACUUGCGUGUUGUAACUUAUCAACAAGAUACGCAAUAUUGUAUUUUACUUAUACCAAGAACCCCUAUUGAUUUUAAUAUUGAUGGUAAAUAUGUUAGCAUAAUUUACUUUAUCUACGCUAUCGUUUAUCUAGUCGUUGCUUAUACAGUACCAUUUCUAACUAUGACUGUCUUGUAUACCUUAACAAUUCGUUACUUAAAACGUACCAAGUUUCGGCAUUUUACGUCAUCUCAUUUUCGACGUCAACAGCUACAACGUUAUGAACCAGAAUAUCGCAUUCGAUCAUUUUCCGAGAUUAAUACACAACAUCGAGAACGUGUUGCCAACAUAUUUUUUGCUUGUGUUGUGCUGUUUGUGGCAUGUAAUUUGCCUUAUGUUAUCUAUUUAUUGCUAUUUAUUAUUCACGUCGUAUCGCGGCGCGAUUUCGUCAGCAUUAAAAAUUAUUUGGCAGUGAUACAAAUGUUUGCUAUCGUCUCUAAUGCUAUCUUGUAUGGUUAUUUCAAUACUGGUAUACAAAAGCAAUGCCUACCAUUUCGGAAAUAUAUUAUUGGUCAAGAAGCGAGUAACAAGACUUACCAAAGUGCAAAAUAUGGCGAAACCGAUCGUAGCAAUCUUAGUAAAGCUAACCAGUUAAAUUGUGCACCUAAAGAAUGUAUUAUUCGAGAAGCAACCGUGUAG